GAGGCGUGCGGGCCUCCCGGCCGGCAGACUGCGGUCGCUGCCUGCUCGGGACCGGCGGCCGCGGGAUCCCGUCCCCGCCUCGCCCGCGGCAGGACCGCGCCGCGCCGGGGGUGUGCCGGGGGCGGAGCGGGCCAGGACGGGCCCGCGGGGGCGGAGCGCGGACAGCCGGCCGCGGGAGGCAGCGCGGUCGCGGGAGGCAUGUCCAUGUCCGUGUCCGUGCCCGUGUCCGUGCCCGUGUCCGUGCCCGUGUCCGUGCCCGGCGGCGGGCGGUGAGCGGCCAUGCCGCGCAGGGCGGAGCGGUGCCUGCAGAUCGCCCCGCACUCCCUGGCCAUCGUCCUGGACCCCGCGGCCGGGGGGCGUCCGGGGGUCGGCGGCGGGGCCGGGGCAGGUGCGGGGCCGGCGGCGGAGCUGGGCCGCCACCGCAUCGGCUACGAGAUCUUCGCGGACUUCAAGCGGGAGAACAUGCAGCACUUCUGGGACCGGCGGGCCACGGCGGCGGUGGCCGAGACCUUUUUCCUGGGCUGGAUCGACGAGCAGGUGCUGCUGGUGCAGGGCAAGGAGGAGCACCUGGAGGUGCUGCGGCAGGGCUGGGCGCGCCGCUCCCUCAAGCCCCCCAGCGGCUUCCACAUCAAGUGCCUGGUUUUUCUGCUGUGCAUGAGGAAACUUUUCUCCUUGAACUCUGAUGUAUCUUCACAUCUUGUCUGUCUCAAUGCCCUUUCUUGGUCAGGUCAGUACCUUUCACCAUCUGUGUUUGGGUGCUUUGCUUUCAACUUCCCACUUAUCCCCUGAUCCUCAUUGCCUGCUGGCACCUCCUUGGUUCAGUUCUCACUGCCCCUUUCUGGGCUGUUCCACACAUUCCUGUUGGCUCUUUCUCAUUAGUCUGACCCCUUGCCUGCUGUACCCCAGCCUGCUUCAUAGUCUUGGCUGCCCUUCCCAUAUUGCUCCCUUGCUCUCCCUUGUUCAUCUCUUCCCACUUAGCCUUUUGUUGCCUUUCUCAUGACACUCCUCUCAGUGUAGCUUACUGGUGGCAUGAGCCAUCUCCUUACCCUCCCUCCCAAACACCUUCUUAACCCAUUCACAAUUUUUGCUUGUCCUAUCCUAUUUGGGUGUAGUGAGUAGUUAUCCAGUCUCUGCCUCUUGCUCAUCCCAUGUGUCCAGAUUACGCACACAAUCUUCGGCUACAAACUUUCGAGGAAAUCUAAUUCAGUUUUUAUGAGCUCAAACCUUUGCAGUCUAUAAUUACCUCUUGCUGUCAUCACUGAGACCUCCUUCUUGCUGGCUUACCUGACGCAGGCAUGCACACACACACAUGUACAUAUACCACAUCCCUAUUUCCCCCAGGUCUUUAGCCUGUGUGACCAUUGGAUCACCUGCGCUGGAUACUUGCUCUUGCUGCCCCUUGGCCCAACUCUUUCAGCUGCUUCAGGCUCUACCUAGUUUUCCUCCUGUCUGCUGAGCCAGGUAUUGUUCCCCACAUUACCCUUCCUCAUCAAGCUGGCGAGGAAGGGCUCGCUUAUGUGUGUCUGCAACUCUUUCUGGGUUGGGUGGGCCUGACUUUUGCUAUAUUCAAAUACCCUAGGUGUUUAUCUCUAUUGGAUACCUUCUUACCCUUGUAUGGAGAUGCCUUUUCUUUAGCAUGUCUAACCCCCUGGGAAUGCCCAGCCUUGAAAAGACUGCCCUGUUUUUGUUGUUCUCUUAGUGUUCUCCUUGUCUUGCCUUCCUGGUCUAAGACAGGUGGGCACCUUUCUAGGUAAGGGGUCUUCCACAUUUCAGUCGGUCCUAGGAAGUGAACAGCAUCCUAAUUCAGUACUGAAAUAUUUUUUAACAGCUCUGGUGAACUCAUCCCUACUGUGACAUUGCCUGUCAGUGAGGUUAAAUUCUUAUGCUGACCUCUGUAAAAAAAAAAAAAAAAAAAAAUCCACUUUGGAAAUUAUUUGCAGGGUGUCUGCGAAUUUACAGGGGGCAUAAAAAGAAAGUAAGUUUUUUUUGGAAACACAGCCUUUUGUCAAUGUACCUGUUUUGUCUGCCUCUAGAUGUACUGUGAAUAUUGUCACUGCUAUUUCUUGGGUUAAAUGACCGAACCAUUAAAAUAGAGGAGAAGAAGAUCCUGUCUCAUGUGAGACAUGAAGAAGUGUUGCUGCAUUCACUCUGGCUUGAGCAUGCUUGUCUGAUUUCAGAGUUAUUGGAGCAAUCAUGGUGUAUCCCUUUGUCUUCUCCCUGCUUCUCCUUAGAGGUCCUCUGGCAGGUUGUCAAGGGCAGAACUUGCAAUCCAGGAUUGUUUGAGUCGAGAUUUGAGAGCAGAAACCCAAGGAAAUGUAAUUUUAAAUAUAAAAAAAAUCUCUGCCUAUCCAGCCCAUCAGCACAAGGCAUCGAGGUGAAGGCUUCCCUCUCCUGUCCUUUGUCCCUUGAUUAAUUUUCCCCAUUUCUUGCUGUAUAUGACUUCAUAUACUUCAAGAAGUGGGGCAGCAGAAAAAAGCAAUGUUCAAAGGAAAUAAAGACCAUUUAUAUCUGGUUUUCAUUUCCUUUUUCUUCUGUUUGGUUAACUGUGCAAUAUUUAUUAAUAAAAGACUUGCUCAUUCUCGUACUCUGAAUUAUUAAAUCUCAGAAUCUCUGAUUUGGCUAAAGAGUAAUUAGUGUGUGCAGUAUCUUCCUGACAGGUGCUGGAGUUGUAAUCAGGAACCAAGGUGCUUUUAGCAAAUGCUUUGUUGAAGUAUGUUUUAAAAUACCAUCUUACCAGGAAUGGAAAAAGCCUGUCACAUAAAAAAACCCCUCCUUUCAGAAGCUGAGAGGUUUGGGAAGAUGGAAUCAGGUAUACAUAGUGUUACAGACAGUGCUCAUCUGCUGGGUUUAUCCUCCAUUAAAUUUUCAGCAUUGAUCCCCAUAAUGUAGUGUCAGCAGAAGCACAGGCAAAGCUUAAGGGAUUACACUGAUUAAUAUGGGGAUGUGAGUUUGGGGUUUUGUUUGUUGCAUUAGAGCUGAAGGAGUCUUUUGGGUGCUUCACUUGGACUCGUGCCCAUGUCUAAACAUAUGGUACAGCAGUCGAUGGAAUGCAGAUAAUAACUUCAUUUUCUUUGCUAUUUAGGUUCAAACUUGUGCUAACAGGUCCCCUCCCAAGUUUUGUUUCAACCCACUAUGUGAACCUAGUAGGGUUCAUCUCUCCUUGCCUCAGUUUCCUCAUACUGCAAACAGGAAUAAUAAUAAUAAUAAUAUGCUGCUUUUCUUUUAAUGUGUUUGGAGUGUACAGAUGAAACACACAAAAUAUGAGCUUGCUAUUUAAUUACUAGGCCUAUUGCUUGUACUCAACUUGUCUGGGGAACACAUGUGACUGGGAAACCUGGACUUCCUGUAUCUAUCUGGGCAGCAUCCGGGCAGUGCUGCCAGCCUGCCCAGUUGUGCCAGGACCUACAGCAUGGCAAAUAUAGCUGGCAUUAGCCAGCUGGCCACUUCAAAGGGUGACAGUGAGAAGGGAGUGAAAAGUUGCAAAGGAGAAAGCAUGCUUAAAACCUGAAUGAAGCAACCUUUUUCUCUUUUGACCAGGAAACCUGAAUACACAGGCAGUACUGCUUCCUAAGUGAUUUCAAGCUGUAUUAGUAUUUCAAAAGAGAAGUGAGUCAAACCAGCUAAUCCAUGUAAACUGUUGCCAUAGGUAUGUGGUGAAAUCCACAUCCAACAGCUCUGAGCAGUUGCUGUGUGGAGUUGGGUCAAGGCAUAUUGGUGCCCCUGUUUCCCUGAGUGAUAUUGGAAGCAAGGUCACAGGGUGUGGGAAUGUUAGUUUCUCUUUCCUUAACGAAUCAGUGAUGAAUGACUUUUCACAUUUGGGGUCCUAAGACACUCUCUGUGAAUGUGGAUAGCGUGUUUUUACUACUUUUUACAGGAUUAAACUUAGCCCGGGGGAGUCUGCUUUGGAAUAGACUUUGAAAUUUGGAGGAAGGCUAAGCCAGCCCCUGGAGGGCUGAUAGCAAUGUGUGCACUAUUCAGGUGUGUCGUGACCUUCUGAGGACAGGUUUAGAUAUUAUAGUUAUAUUAGAUAUAUGUCUAUUUUAAAUCUUCCCAUUUUAAAGCAAAUGUUUAAACCCUGCAAAUAAACCAGUGGUUUAGAAAAAUGUGUGAUAUGGAGUGACUGUACAAAAAAUUGUAUUGUACCAUAGGAUUUCACCAACUGUACCAAGCCUAUAGGCAAAAGCUUAUGCUUUGGAUUUAAGGAGUAUAUGGUGUGUCCUGGUCUCACUGUAGGAACCACAUGUGGGAGGAGACAGUUUCAAGAUGCAAGACCUGUUGUCAUUAGUGGUUCCUCUGUCUCCUGACUCUAAGACUGCUUGGCCUGAAAGCAGCAGGAAAUCAAUCAGAUCACUUUAAGAGCUGUUGGAGCUGAUCUUCAAAGUCAUGUGAUUUUUAUAAUGUUUUCAAGGAAAAACCUGAUUGUGGAGUCACAUGUUACUCCAUGAAAACUUUGGGGAGGUGACAGUGGUCCAAAAGUUUUGCACAGAUAUAGAUAUAAGCGUGCAGUUAGGUAAAAUGAAUAUUAAAUAUAAAUAAUUCAUAGUGCCCCUGAAUUUAAAAGCAAAUAAAUAUUUGAUUUCAUAGUUCUUAUCCAGUUUAUGCCAAUAGUGGUAUCUUCCAGUAACAAAGUUAUGUCCUCUAGAUAAAAGGGAGAGCACUUUUAAGCAGGUGAAAUAUAAAUUUGUUGAUGUGGUCUGAAAAAAGUCUCGGUAUCAGAGCAUUCCAGGUGUCUGCGAUCUAGUUUCAACCUAGCCAUUUUCCUGUGUAGUGUGACCUACCUGACAUAUUAUUUGCUUUUCCCCUUUGCUUUUUUCCUUUUCAAGUUUCAUUGCUGUUUUGCUGUUCUGCUGUGUGGAGACAAUGAUGAUGAUAUCUUCUUUUCUGCAUGUGUAAGCUGCCUUCUUCCCUUCUCCUGCUCCUUAUCACUGCUGUUGUCUCUUCCAGUGAUGGCCAGAGCUUUUAUGUGAAAUGGAAGUUAUUAAAUGUAAAUGGUAUCUCAACAGCAAUUAAAAGUGUAAGUACCUAUAAUGAAAUUGGUUUACUUGUAAAAGAAAAAGGGACAAGUGACUCUGUAUUUGAUUUUGAUGCCAUAAGCAGUUGCUUUGUUAUCUGAAUGGCCUGAAGAACUUUGAUCUAGAUUGUGCGUGUGCUCUGCAGAUACAUAGGUUUUGAGAAUUACUUGUGCAUCAAGUAGUUCAAGAUGAUCACAGUUUUUGCAGGAAUGGUGUUAGAACAUCUCACACUAACUUUUUCAAGCACCAAGCCUACACAAUGUGAUUUUUUUUUCCCCCCCCAGUUAUGCUUAAAAUCCAAACCCAGAACUUGUUUUCAGUACUAGCUAAUUAUUUUCUUGGUGUGCAAGCUGUCUUACUAGUUCUGACUGAAGUCACUGUAGCGUUAAAUCACAGUGCAAAAAGCGAGAAAUAUUCAGGAUCCAGCCCAUUAGUUGUACAUGGUGAGGAAGCAAAACCCUGCAGCAUCCCACACUUAAAGCUUCCUAUUCAGCAAGCCCUCAGUUUAAUACCUGAUGUCCUCAUUUGUGUUAUGUAGGACACAGUUUAUAUGCCAAGAAGUGGAGAAACUUGCUCUUGUCUAUGAUUUUGACAUUGAAAAGAAAAUAUAAUUUCUGGUUCCUUUGCAUACAUUUCUCCCAAUGAAACAAGGUGUCAUAGUCUGCUGGAGCGAGUGGGAAAUGGAACUGAAAGUGUCAGUUGCUGCACUCCCCAGCUGGUAGGCAGCUCCAUGCCUUGCUGUGGUCUAGACCAGAUUUUUUUUUGGCAGAUGCUUCCCACUGGUGUUAGCAGUGAUGAAGGUGAGCGUGUAAGCAAGGCUUACUUAUUUCUGCUCUCAUUAGUCAUGUCACUUAGGUCAUUACUGCUGGCCUCAGGAGCCCUCCUUUCUUGGCCCUGCCAGCCACCUCCACCUCAUGGGAGAGGUAUGUUGGGAAGCUGUGAAAUGGUAGGGUAGAGGCAGUCUAGGCAUGUACUAUUUUUUUUUUUUUUCCCCUGCUUAUUACCUUUUCCAGUAUUUUCCAAAGGUCAGGAGCUGCAGAAUGCUUGCUGUCAAGCUUGCACUUGCUCUGCUGCUUUUGAAAUUGGAGCUAAUUUUGCCUUUUUCCAGACUUCCUGAAUGACUGCAGGUCUUGGAAGUUUGAUGUUUCAGAUUACUGAAUAACUUGUGAUGUAUUAUCCUGACUUUUGGUCGUGGUUCUGCAGGCUCAUUUCAAUGUCUGCUCUGUUUCUGAGGGACACUUAUUCAGGGGGCAGUUUUGGUCCUUCUCCAGUAGGAAAUGUCUCACAUGGCUCUUGAUGAUUCUGUCAGGGGCUUGAUGGAGCCGGCUUGGUAUUCUGCUACAGGAAGAGUGAGUGAGGAGGUAAGAAUUUGCCUUUUAGCAUCUGUAAUGGUUUGGAGCUGAUUGAACACAUCCCAGGCUCUCUGCCUUUUCAAGUCAAGGAUUGGACUUGAUCUCAGAGGUCUUUUCCAACCCAGUUGAUUCUAUAAUUCUGUGACAUCCUGAGAUCCUGGGAAUGCUGCUGUGGCUCACACUGGGAGUCCUUCAGCAUCAUGGCAAACACCACUGUGAAAUGCAUGUAAUAAUGUUUGCAGCUUCUGCAUGAUCAGAUGGACACAAUGUCUUUAUAACUCUGACCAAGACCUGUGAUAGCUGCUGGCUGCAAGAAGGUCUCAUAACUUGCAGAAACAAAAUCAAAUGCAACUGUGAAAAUGUCUUGUAAACCUUCCUGGGUUUCCUUAGCUUGGCUGUGCCUGGCCUACUCUGAAAGUCCAGCCCAGGAAAAAAGCACUGGGCCCUUGAGAAUGGUAGAAAGAGGGCUUCACUCUUCUUUUUAAAGAGGGUUAACCCAGGAGUUUCCAUUUUUGGGGCUGUUCAGGACAGAUCCAGAAAGGAUCUUUGUAGACCAUCACAUGGAUGGCCCACCUCUGAGCAGGCUCAGCAAGCUGAUGUUGCCACAGUGCUAUUUUGCAGAUUUUCAUGUGAGCCCUCCUUGGUGCCAGCUGCAGGAAGGCCAUCCCUGGCAGAUCACUCAUGGUGAAGACAGGUUUUGUUGGUCCAUAGAAAUCCAGACUGGGAGAAUGAUGGGGUAAAAGAAGCAUAUGCCAUGGAAAUGGAUCUGGAGUAUACUGGAGUACAGACUUGGCACCAUUUCAUGAGGGUAGUGCUAUGACCAUGGCCAUUAAACACUGCUGUUUCACUGCUGCUAGAUAUCAUAACCUACCAGGAAACAGGUGGAGAAAGUGUCUAGGAAAAAUGGACCAGACUUUUGCAAUAGGCAGUUUGGGUUUUGGCAGGUGGGGUGAGCAGGGCUGUUUCCAUUCAGCAUCUGUUUCUCUGUGAAAAAUAGCAGGAAAUCUGGUUUUUCAAUCCCUUUGACACUUUUCUGUGCAUUCACUCAAAUGCACAAAUGUCCCAAAUAUUUCACAGCUGAGAUAAUAUCAAUAAAAAAUAAUGUUUAAUUUCAGUGUUGCAAAAAUCUGAAGCAACAUUUUUUUAAAAUAUUGCUCCCAUCUAGAAUGACCCUUGUAAAACCAGCACUAUGUGUAACCCUCCAUCAUGUGAAUUGGUAGCUAGAGAAAGCAUUAUCCCUUCUCCUCUACCCACUUGUCUUUGUCUCUUGCUCCUCUGUUUGGAUUUGGACAUCCCUCAUGUUUCCCCAUAACAAAUCUUUCCAGUUCCCUUAAUCCACUGGAGUGGUGCAAUGGAGUUGAAGGAAAGUUAGUGUCAGUCCUGUCCAGCUCCCUUUCCCUCCCCUAAGUUUGUGCCUGCUUAAACAUACUUUUCAUAACUGGCAGAUGGGCAAGUCUAUGUGUUCCUGUGGAGCUGGGAAUAAGAGGAGCAUCAGGAAACUCCUGUGUUACACUUCUCAGGUUCUGCUCUCUACUUCUAGAUCAGGACAAUUUCAGAACACUAACAGUUUUGCUCUUUGAUCAAGAUGAAGACUAGGAGUGUGCAGCUCUGAGUCCUGUGCUGUUAUAGCUAUGAAAGAAUGAAGUGGACCCCUGGAGGACAGGA